UCAUCUCUACGGAAAAAGUCGGAAGUCGAGGUUUUUUUUUGUAUAUAUAAAUUAAGUUUUUCAUCGUACUUUAUUUUCUUGUGUGUGUCUAAAAGGCAAUACGGUUGGGAUUUUUAUAAGUAGAGAUCAGCCUCGGAAUCCCAAGACCCUGGCCGUGAUGACUGGCAUCGAGGACUGGCCCGAACCCAUAGUCCGAGUUCAAUCCUUGGCCGACGGCGGCUGCCCGGCCGUACCCAGCCGCUACAUCAAGCCCCCCACGGACCGACCCUGUGCCGCUGCCACCGCCGCCGCCUCCGCCAUCAACAUCCCAAUCAUCGACGUCCACGGGUUCUGCCUGGACCAUGACCAGGCCCUCCGCACCACCAUUCUGAGCCGGGUCUCCGACGCCUGCCGCAACUGGGGGUUCUUCCAAAUUCUGAACCACGGCAUCCGGCCCGAGCUUCUGGACCGGGUCCGGGAAGCUUGGCACGAGUUCUUCCACUUACCGGCCGAGCUGAAGCAGGCCUACGCCAAUAAUCCCAGGACUUAUGAGGGCUAUGGCAGCCGCCUAGGCGUCCAGAAAGGCGCUAUUCUUGACUGGAGCGACUACUUUUUUCUUCACUAUCUUCCCUCUCACCUCAAGGACCAUAACAAGUGGCCCGCCGCCCCGCCCGAUGCCAGGGAAGUGAUAGAGGAGUAUGGGGAAGAAGUGGUGAAGCUUGGGGGGAGGUUGUUGAAGCUUUUGUCGCUCAACUUGGGGCUUGAAGAAGGGUACUUGCAGAAUGCGUUUGGAGGAGAAGACGUGGGGGCUUGUUUGAGAGUUAAUUUUUAUCCCAAAUGCCCGCAGCCCGAGCUCACGCUCGGGCUGUCGUCGCACUCCGACCCCGGUGGACUGACACUGCUGCUGCCCGACGAUGAGGUCUCUGGACUUCAAGUUCGAAAAGACGAUAUGUGGAUUACUGUCAAACCCGCUCGCCAUGCCAUUAUAGUCAAUGUGGGCGACCAAGUUCAGGUUCUAAGCAAURCAAUAUACAAAAGCGUGGAGCACAGAGUGAUAGUGAAUUCGGACAAAGAGAGAGUGUCAUUGGCCUUCUUUUACAACCCAAAGAGCAACAUUCCGAUUGAGCCAGCGAAGGAGCUAAUCUCGCGAGAUAGACCCGCGCUUUAUUCUCCGAUGACUUUUGACGAGUACAGGCUUUUCAUUAGGACGAGAGGUCCUCAGGGCAAAUCCCAAGUAGAGUCACUAAAAUCGCCAAGAUAACCCACGAUUUUGUGCUCUAUAGAUUAGAAUCUAAGCUUAGCCACUCCCCCAUUGCCUUUUUGUUCCUUUUAAAUGUUAUUACUUGUAAAUUCAUUAAGAAAAGAAAAAAAAUAUAUUAAUCCUCAAUUAGUCCCUCUAGAUAAAAUGUACAUCUUCUAGUUUGUACAUCCAAGGGAUGAUAUUGAAGCAAGAGUAAAUGAUACUGUUUCUCAAAAA